AUGGCCAACGUAUACAGGGUGCAUGCACUGGCUCUAACCGCCCAGGGCAAAUUCGAGGAGGCUCAGGCGCACGGCAACAUGUGCAUACACCUGCGCUCCGAAGCCGCCCGGAAGAACCCCAACUCCCCCGCAAUAGCCUCCGCCAACAUGUGCCUGGCGGCGUCGUACGUGGGUAUGCGGCUGUACGGCGAUGCGGAAGAGCUGCUGCGACAGGCGGUGGAUAUUUGCGUGGCGGUGAGGAAGGAGCAGGGGAAGGAGGGGGCAAAGGAGCAACGGGGGGCCAGUCCGUUGGGUUUGCUUGUUUGUUUGUUUGUUUGUUUGUUUGUUGCGUGGGUGUGUUUGGUGGUUCGUAUGGCGAAGUACAGUGUGGUAGUGGUGGAUGGUGCUAUAAGGUGAUAAAUGAUCUAGAACUGACAAUGUGAUAAAGCGGCCCAGAAGCCUCCCACUCUGUAACAUUACAUUACAUUACAUUACAUUACAU